AUGGCUGAGUUCACACCUAAAUUUGAACGCGAUUUGGACAGCCGCAGCAUGGGACCAAAGGCGCUGCCUACUGCCGGUGCCAUUGCUGUACGGAAUGAAAAGGGCGAAAUAACCAUGCAAAAAGUCAAGGUUGUGCGUUAUAUGGCUGGAAAAGUGCCUGCUUACGCGCAGGGUUACGACUCUUCUGGCGUUGAAGAUGAGGGUGAUGACGAUGAAUCAGGAUAUGACAAAAAAGCUGAUAGCUCGGGAUAUGUAAAACAAGAACCGGAUCUUGUGAGUACCAAGGAUGAGGAGGACAUUGUGCACGAAGAGGAAAAUGAGGAAGAAGCGGAAAGGAGGCGUAUGCGAGCCAGGUUGCGUAGAAUGGAGAUUGAGAUGAAUGAAACUCAGGGUGAAGAGGACGAAGCUGAUGAGGAUGACGAGGAGGAAUUUGAAAGGCGUCGUGCACUUUUGCGUCAAAAACUUGUUAAAAAGGAGGAAGAAGAAGCUCUUGUAAAGCAGGAAGAGGAGGAAGAAGAGAGUGAUGAGGAGACGAGUGAGGAAGAAAGUGAAGAUAGUGAGGAAGACACAGUUUUAAGGCUAAAGCCAAUUUUUGUUGAGAAGAGCAAACGCGCUACUUUAAUCGAAGAGGAGAAUAACAAGUUACUGGAGAAGAAGUUAAAGGAAGAAAAUGAAGAAAAAUUGAAGCAAAGACAGCGAGAGUCUGCAAAAAUGGUUGAAGAUGUCCUAAGAUUAGAAGCAGAAAUGGAGAGACGGAAGAAAGAAGAUAAUGUUGACUUAACUUCAGUUAACACAGAUGAUGAAGACGAUGAAAUUGCAUAUGAAAACUGGAAGUUGAGAGAAGUUAAAAGGUUGAAACGCAAUAAAGACGAAAGAGAAGCCCAAGCUCAUGAAAAGGCGGAGUUGGAUCGGAUACAUAAAAUGAAUGAAGAGGAAAGAAAACAGUAUUUGAGAAUGAAUCCCAAGAUCAUUACGAACAUGCAAAAGAAAGGCAAGUACAAGUUCUUGCAAAAGUACUUCCACAGAGGGGCCUUCUACUUAGACCAAGAAGAUGACAUCCUGAAACGCGAUUUUGCCGAGGCAACUCUUGACGAUCAGUUCGAUAAAUCGGUCCUGCCGAAAGUGAUGCAGGUUAAAAACUUUGGUAAAGCUAGCAGAUCGAAAUGGACACAUUUAACAGCUGAGGAUACUACUGACCAUCAAGGGUCUUGGGCAGCCACGACUGCAUUAAACAGUAAAUUCCAAAUAAAGCAUGCCGGUGGCAUGAGAAACAUAUUUGAGCGACCAGCAGCGAAGAAACGGAAAACUGAAUGA